AUGACGACGACGACACUACCUUUGCGUCCAUUGUCGGCCAGCGAUGCGAUCAAGCGCACAAGCACGGGGCAUAACUCUCCAGCUAGUCACAGGGCCAGAGCUACGACAAUCUCACUGACUCGGUCCGCAGCUCAUCAACUCAAAGCGGACAACCAUCGCCGGGCGCACGCGGAUGUCGCCACUCACAUUGCAUGUCAACAAACUUCCGAACGACAGCGUAGUGCUCUGGAGCCACUUGUAGUGCCAGCGAUGGCGUCUCUGAACGCGCACACAGUCGUGAAUCGGGUAGCGGUUUGGAGGCUCGAUGCAGCAGGGAGCACGCAUCAUCCUCGUGGAACCGGCAGCUGGACUGCUUCACUUGCGCGGCACUUCAAGAAUCCGGGUCAACUUGGAGUUACACGUGGCUGGAUCGGCCUCUUUCUCACAGAUGAUGUUGACUUUGGAUUCGAUCCGCGCUUGUGUCUAGACGACGCCAAUCAGACAGCGCUUACAGCUGCCGGGGGUAAACGGAUUACCGCGACGAAUCUCUCUACGCAAGAUGAUUUCGGGCGCUACAUACAAACGAUUUAA